GAAUUUCCAUCGAAAAUCAAGCAAACUUGCUAGGGUUCGAAAAAUUUAGGGUUGUAAUCGAAACUUGAUCCGUGAAAUCGAUAUAGACAAAUGAUUUACGACGUUAAUUCUCCACUUUUCCGAUCCUUCCUCAGCCAGAAAGGCGGUUCUUCUGACAAGAGGAAAACGGAAGAGCAGAAGCCGAGGGAACAGAAGCCAAAGGCCAAUGAAAACAAGCCGGUUAUGACAGAGUAAUAAGGGCAGUGUCAUGGUAAGCUCGAACAUGGAUAGGGUACCUCAAAGGAUAUUGAAAAUGUUAUUAAGCAUUCUAUCCUAGAACUUGUUAUGUGAUUUGUGGUUUAAUUCCGGAUGUUAUAUCAAUGGCAAUGGCUUUUGGUUUGUAGAAGAAAUCAUGCUAUAGGUUUUUGGAAAUUUGAUCUUAGUCCUUUUUGGGA